AUGUGGUCUUCGAGAACUCUGAAGCACAUUUUCAGGCUAAGACCUGAGCCAAUUUCUUCUUCGUCGUCUUCUGCGUAUUCGCUCUACAUCUCCGGCGGCUCUCGCUGCACCGGCGGUCCUCUAAUUCCGUCGCAGCACCGAUCAAUUACCUCUACGGCGCCGCUUAAUGGAUGGAUGGAUACGAUCAAAGGUGUCUUCAAAGGAAACAAAGAGACUCCUUUGGAAGAAUCAAAUCUACCCGUUGAAGAUUUCACUCUCCUCCGAUUCGCCGAUGAAAUGAAGAAUGCUAAAAGGUUAGGGAAAUUCAAGCAGUACAUCGUUGGUCGAAGCAGCGAGGCCACUUUUGCAGACGCAUUCGAGAAACAAGAAGCCAUAUUAAGGUAUCUUGGAGCACGUGAUGUUACAGGAGAGAAUCUGCAAGCGAGUCAUAAGCAAGAUGCGGCUAAACAAUGUAAAUGCACGAUAACUGACGUGGAGAAUACACUGGCAAAGUUUACUUGGGCGAGACAAGCGCACAAGAAGAUGAAGGAGUUGAAAGAUGGAGGCAAACCGUUACCAAAGAACAUGGGAGAGCUGCAAAAAAUGAUGGGGACAACGCCGAUGGAUCUGGCGAGAUCAAACUUGGCCAAGAGUGGGCAGAUCAGCCGCAACGCACUUUGUCCCUGUGGUUCUAAAAAGAGAUAUAAAAGAUGUUGCGGAAAGGAUUGA